UAAAAUCUGCUGAAAGAGUGAAAGUGAUCAUCUGAAAUGGCUCCGGUCUCAAAAGAGCUGUUGGAAUGGGGAAAGAAGCAGAAGAUUAAAGAAACGAUGUAUUACACAAAACCAAUCCGCUUCUUCGGAAACAUUACUCCGAUCAUACUCCAGAACGAAAACGGACCUUGUCCUCUUCUUGCUAUUUGCAACAUCUUGUCGCUGAGAAACGAAUUGCGUCUGAGCCCGUAUGAAACUUCCGUAUCAGAGAGGGAACUGUUAAGACUGGUGGCUGAGAAUUUACUCAUUUCAAAUAGAAAAGAUGAGGAAACACAAAAGACUAUAUCUGAUACGAUCGAUAUACUGCCACUUGUUGCAAAGGGCUUGGAUGUGAACGUUAGAUUCACAAGAAUUAAGGAUAUUGAGUUCACAAGCAAGUGUGCGGUAUUUCGUUUAUUGAACAUUCCAGUAUAUCACGGUUGGAUUAUCGAUCCACAGGAUGUUGAAACUUCAAAUGCCAUUGGCUUAAAGUCGUAUGAUACCUUGACGGCCGAUCUUGCGAAACUAGAAACUCAAAACACAGAAGGUGUUACUACGAAGAGUUCGGAAGAAGAUUUACAUGAACCGUUGAUGGGCUUGGAACUAACAAAAACCGUUUAUUCAAGUUCGGAAAAAGUUGGUGAUUGCGUAACGUUUAAAACCGAUCCUGACAAGGCGAGCCAUGUUGGAAAAACGAGUACUAGUGAACCGGAGAGGCAUGAAAGUAAAGAUGAAACUGUUGAAACCGAUCCUGACAAGGCGAGCCGGGAUGGAAAAACGAAUACUAGUGAACCGGAGAAGCGUGAAAGUAAAGAUAGAAUUGAGGAAGCUAGCCUUGAGGAGGUGAAAAUAACAGAAAAGUCGGUAACUUUUGGAGAAACGACAUCAAGUGAAGCAAGCUCAUCUACACUUAACAUCGUUACUGCUAGAUCGCCGCAGAUAAAAGAAUUGAUAUCCCGUCCUUUAACUGCAAGACAAGGGGAACUGGUACGAGACUUUUUGGAAAACAAUGUGAGUCAGUUGACAGUGUACGGCUUAUUUUGCUUGCAUGAAGGUCUAGAAGAACGCGAACUUUGUGCGUUUUUUCGCAAUAAUCACUUCAAUACGAUGCUCAAGUAUGGAGGGGCACUGUACCUUUUAGUUACAGAUCUCGGUUACAAAGAUGAACCCGGUGUGAUAUGGGAAAAGCUAAGUGAGGUGAAUGGUGAUACGGUGUUUGUGAACCAGUACUUCAAGAUAUAUAAGCCGGAGAUAGAGAGAUACACACGGGAUAAAAAGAGUGUUGAGCACAUCUGGUCUCGGGCUUAUCCGGAGACAGACUAUACAGCAGAGGCGAGCACAAGCAGAAACACAGAUAAAAGUUCGGAUCCGCCACUUGCUGGAGACUCUGAGCAAGUAGUUCCGGAGGCAAAACAGCGGCAAAAAGGCUUAGAGGAAGAAGAUGUUGAAAAAGUUAUUCAGGAUCUAACUGAAAGGGCAAAACGGCGGGAAAAAGAAAAAGAGGAAGAACAACGGUCACCACCACUCGCUGGAGUGUGGCAGGAACUAGUUUUAGAGGCAAAACAGCAUCAACAAAGCUUAGCGGAAAAACAGUCGCAACGAGAAAUAGAGGAAAUACAGCCGCAACGUGUUUCACCUACGCCUCCCCCUACAGGGUCUAAUGUGCGCGAGCAUCACAGUUCAAUAAGGCCAAGGAACCUGCUAAGGAACCUGACAAGGAAGCCGCUAAGGAACCCGCUAAGGAACCCGACAAGGAACCCACUAAGGAACCCGCCAAGGAAGGAAUCAAAGCGAUCGAAGGAGAAGUGCAGUUUGAUGUAAAUCUGUAGGUUUGGACCAUAUAUGUUUGGACUCUAUCUUGACUGAUUUUAGAUUGAAAUUCAUUUUACUGUAAGCAAUAUAGAGUGACAUGAUGACUGUGUGGCAUAUUGUAUCAUAUGCAUAGAAUGUUGUAAAGAUGUAUACAGCUUGAGGAAUCUCUUGUGUACAAGUUUCUAUC